GAGUCUGAAUCAGCGCCCUCUGGCCGGCUUCUCUUUCUACCGCCAUUACAAACUGAACUCAACAACCUCUUUUCAUCUUCGACCCGUUUGCCGGCGUUAGCUUGUAAAACAUUUCUGUUAAAAUCACGAACCAUCCGUUAAAAGAAAUGGCAGAUGAAUAUUUUUUUGCUUUAACCCUCAAAGGUAAAAACAGUGAAAUCUGGGAUCCAGAAGCGAAGGGAGCAGAGGAUUACCAAGGGGGACACAAAUUGAUCAUUAAACAAGCUUUGUUGGGACCCGAAGCCCAAGAAGGUGAAGUAAAUGUUGUACAAGUAGAAGCUAUGACGUGGAAAGACUCAGUUAAAAUCCCAAUUGCCACACUAAAAGCCGGAGGCCCAAAUAACCAAGUAUUGUUAGAUCUGUCAUUCCCAGACCCACCAGUCACAUUUUCACUUAUACAAGGUAAUGGACCAGUUCACAUUGUAGGCCAUCAUUUAAUUGGUAGUCCGAUGGAAGAAUUCGAUGAAAUGGAUGAAUUAGAAGAGGAAAUGUUGGAUGAUGAAGAAGGGGAAGAAGGAGCCGCGAACAUAAAAAAACGGAAAUCGAAUGGAAAAGUAAAGGUGUGACUUGAGCCCCAAUCCCUCUAGAACCAAUAUUUUUUUAUAUUUCAGGAGGAAGAUGAGGAUGAAGAUGAACCCAAAGCCAAAAAAGCAAAAUCAGCGACUAACGCCAAGGGCAAAACUCCCGUAAAAAACAAUUCAAAGGCUGCAAAGAAAUAAACAAGUUCAUCUAAUCCCCAAACCACCUCCUUUGUAAUGUUAAGUUAGUUUUUUAAUGUAUCUCGGGAGUUGUUAUACAUCCAUUAACAGAUCAACCGUAACAAUUUCUCUUAAAUAUAAGUAUAAUAUUUUAUGUUUCUUGACGUCAUAAGAUUUUGUGAAAGUUUCUUUUAUUCCAGGUGUAACUCUUAGUUUUAAUGUGAUCAAUAUUUUUAAGCUGGAAACGUAUUUAUUUCCUUUGAAAUCAUCCAAUUUUGUUGUAAAUAUGCAGCCCUCAUUAAACCAUUUUUUGUAGUAAA